UGCUAUUUCAUAUUGUUAAGUGUUAACUUAAAUUAAAUUGGAUAAAAUGUAAUAUAGUUUUUUUUAUAGUGUAUGGCCAUGAACAGUAAUAAAAUGUAGUUUAAGUAUGCCUUUGUUCUCAGUGACAUUCGGGAAAAUAAGUCUAAUUAACUGAAUAUUAAAUUCCACUAACAAUCAUGGUGAGCCUUAAAUCAACAUUCAAUCUCUUUUUCGGGUGUUGUUUAAGUGCAUUUUUAAUGGAAAUAAUGAUCUCUAAAAAUCCAAAUUGCGCAAAUUUAGUAACAUUUCUCCAAUUUCUUUGUAUCACUUUACAUGGAUUGCUGAAGAUCAAACACAAAGUGUUUACACCUAAUAUACCUCUUGGACAAUAUUUUGUUCUUAUUAGUUUGUUUUUUGUAACUAGUGUGGCAAAUAAUUUUGUGUAUGCUUUGCAUGUAGCAUCAACACUUCAUAUGAUAAUCAGAUCAGCUUCAUCACCUGCUAGCAUGUUAGUUGCAUGGUACGUAAAAAACAGAGUGCCAAAAGUAAGUGCAAUAAUUGGUUCUGUUAUUAUUUCAAGCGGUGUUACCAUUGCAAUGUAUGGCGGGGCUAAAAUAAUUGAAGAAGAAACUAAAUUCCUACAUUGGUGUAUUGGUGUUGUGCUACUAUUGACAACCCUAAUUACUGGUGCUUUUACUGGUCUGCAGCAAGAAAGAUUGUAUGCCACAUAUGGCAAAUUUCCUGAAGAGAUGCUGUUUUACACACAUGCAAUACCUCUGCCCUUGUUCCUGAUAAUAAUGCCAGAGUUAGGUGCUAUUGCUCUUAGUCUUCCAUCAUACUUGUGGUAUAUUCUAGUUUUAAACAUUAUAGCACAAUUUUAUUGUGCAAAUUCUGUCCACAUUUUGGGCACCAAGGAAUCAUCAGUCACAAUAACUUUUAUAUUGACCGUGAGAAAGUUCGUUUCACUUAUAAUUUCAUCUGUAGUUUUCAAGAAUAGUUUGACAAUUUAUCAUGUAAUUGGAACAGUACUUGUAGUAAUUGGAACUUAUUUUUAUUUCUUUGUUAAUAAGCAACAACCACUUAGCAGUUAUAAGAAUAAAUAGUAAUAUUUUAUACAAAACACAUUUUAUAAUGAUCUGAUUUUGAAGAAUGAAUAUGAAUACCUAGUAUCAAAUUUAUUUUGACAUGUUUA